AUGUUCUGUAUCGCCUCGACACCUCCUGAUCCGGCCCUGGUCGGCGACAAGUGGCGGGACCUGUGGAUGAGUCGUCUGGAAGCCGGCUGGAACUGGAUGGUCGAAUGGCAUGAGCACCAGCAACGCGACGAGUUCCGCAAACACGCUUCAGUCCAUCAAGACUAUUCUGCCAUACAACGCCCCGUCUGCCUCGUCGGUGCGUGGUCGUGCGAGUGCUCGAACGUGGUGUUUCGCAUGUUACAACGCCUCGAAUGUCGUGCAAUGGCUUGA